UUGGGGGAGAGGAGGGGGCUGAGCACUGACACUGAGUGGCUGCUUUUGCAGCUAGCUCCUGCUGUUGGACUCCUAGACACAGAGACAGCUCAGCCAGUAAGCGAAUGCUGUUAUUGGACUCAGAGCCAGUCAGCUAGUAUAGCUGUUGGACUACUUAACACAGAAACAGCUCAGCCAGUCUACUGCUGGACACCUUAACACAGGCAGUCUGUCAUCUAUCCCUGCUGGUAUUGCCACCUUGUCAAACACUUGCAGUAGCUUGGGGAGGGUGCAUGAAGCAGCCACUAAGGAGAGACGGAGUAAAGCAAGACACUUAGAGGGACCACACUAUUCACUAUGGCAUCCAACUUCAAUGAUAUUGUAAAGCAAGGUUAUGUAAAGAUCAGAAGUAAAAAGCUGGGGAUUUAUAGACGCUGUUGGAUAGUGUUUAAAAAAGCCUCCAGUAAAGGUCCAAGAAGACUAGAAAAGUUCUCUGAUGAAAAAGCUGCCUACUUUAGAACCUUUCAUAAAGUAACAGAACUGCACAAUAUCAAAACUAUAACACGGCUGCCUCGAGAGACCAAGAAACAUGCGGUAGCAAUUAUCUUUCACGAUGAGACUUCAAAGACAUUUGCCUGUGAGUCAGAACUGGAAGCUGAGGAGUGGUGUAAGUGCCUGUGUGUGGAGUGUCUAGGAACCAGACUUAAUGAUAUAAGCCUUGGGGAACCAGACCUACUAGCUGCUGGGGUACAAAGAGAACAAAAUGAACGAUUCAAUGUGUAUCUUAUGCCUACACCAAAUUUAGACAUCUAUGGGGAGUGCACAAUGCAGAUCACACAUGAAAAUAUCUACCUGUGGGAUAUUCACAACGCAAAAGUCAAGCUGGUAAUGUGGCCUCUAAGCUCUUUAAGAAGAUAUGGCAGGGACUCAACAUGGUUUACUUUUGAGUCUGGAAGAAUGUGUGAUACAGGAGAGGGGUUGUUUACAUUUCAGACAAGAGAAGGAGAAAUGAUCUAUCAGAAAGUCCAUUCUGCAACAUUGGCGAUUGCAGAGCAGCAUGAAAGACUAAUGUUAGAACUGGAGAAGAAAGCAAGACUUCAGACUAGUAUGACUGAACCAAUGACACUGUCAAAGUCCAUCUCACUUCCUCGGAGUGCCUACUGGCAUCAUAUCACCAGGCAAAACAGUGUUGGCGAAAUCUACAGUUUACAAGGUCACAGUUUCAGUACAACAAAGAUGUCUCGUGCACAGACAUUUUCCAGCUACUCCUCUGAGUCGUGCAAGAAGUACCAGCAGCCCUUGUCGGUGUUUAGCGGCUAUGAAUCCAUCUACUGCUCGUGCAUCCUCUAGUGACAUUCAGAAGGCAAUUGACUAUAGAGACAGUGUUAACUGGAACCUAAAAGCUGGAUCAGCAAGUCAUCUGCAUCCUGUGCAUUCAAGGAAGAUGAAUUACAAUGAAAGCAGAGACCGAGGUUACCAAAUAGACAAUUAAGAAAUUGGAGAUCAUGAUUCUAUUUUAUGUAUUUAUUUUUUAGUCUUCUGUAUGUUGUGGGAGACUCAGUUCAAUUGCUGUCGCAACCACUCUUAAACAGAUGCUACAUUCAUUAACAUGUGAUCUAUGACUGACUGUGUUGUAGAUCUUUAAACCAAAUCAUGCAACUUGAUUUGAUCAUUUUCAGAACUGAGUAUAGAUUUUUUUUUUUUAAAUAUGGUGUUAUUUUGAUGUGUUUGUGACUGAUCAAAGAGUUGUCUUAAAUUAAAUAUCAACACAUCAAAACCCAAGAAAACAUAAAUCCAUAAAUUGUUGUUCAACUUAGCAGUUUAAUCAACUGUCCAAAUGGGGAUUUACUAAAGACUGCAUACAAAAACAAAUUAUAAAUCCUGCUCCACAAGCAUUAAGCACAUUAUGAAUGUUAUGCGGUCCUAGCGCUAGUGCCUCUAUAGUUUUAUGUAAAUAUAUAGUCAGGCUUUCCUGUAAUCAUGGACAAAACAUUAAUGUGUUAUUAAUAUGGGACACGUCUCAAAUGCUGCAGGCAGAUAAAAAUAAUGUUCAAGUCUAAUACUGAUGCCAGCUAUGGACAGUCAGCUACCUCAUUAAGACAGAGAAAGUCAAUGAGACUUUUAAAUCGCUGAGACAUCUGUCCAUCUUUAGUCUUAUCACCAAAAUACAAGGGAUACGCGCUUUUGUCUUUUUGACUUGUCCAUUGUGUGGAUGCUGCGUAUAUUGGGAUGGUUGUACUAAAGGCAAAUAGGCUGCUAAAUUUGCAAGGGAAUUUUUCUUAACAUGGUGAAUGCGAUUAAAAUUCACUUUCUAAACAACACCCAAUUACUUCCAAGAAUUAAAAACACUUUUUUUUUUUGCUUGCAAGUGAUUGGAUGAUGCAAGUCAGCAGAGCUUUGCCUUAUUCACUAAUCCAGGGGGAAAUUAUUUUGCAAAGUAAAAAUUCCCUUGCAGAGUUAACAGCUUGUUUGCCUUUAGUAAAGUAAUCCCAUACAGUGGCAUGUUCAGUCUUCAGCAUCCAGAGAGAGAAAAAAUGCUAUAUAUAAAAAAGGAAACAACCCUGAGAAUGAUUCUAUCCAAUGUUACAUCUGGAUCUGCAUUUUUUUUUCUACAGGAAAGGUGGAGGUUAUUUUAUUGUGGCAUUAAAGACAAAGAUAUGUUUUGUACGUUUCAGCUCAAUUAAGUUUGUAUUUAUGCAUAAAGGAUUUAUCCAUCUAAAACUGUUGAUUUAAUUUUAGAUGAAGUAUAUGAAUCUUUUUGUCUAUAAAAUUAUACAUAUAUUUGCAGCCCCGGUGUUUAGAUUUAGAUCCAUUAACCUUCUCUGUUCUCCUAUAUAUUCCAAUGCUGCUACCGAUGUUCCCACUUGAAUUUGUGUUUGAAGCUCUCCCUUUGAUAUAAGUGCAGUCAACAAAUGCCGGAUAUUGUUAAAAACCUGUCUGCUCAAGGUUUAAAUAGAACAUAAAUCUGUAAGAGUUAACCUUGACAUGUACAAAAAAAUGUGGGUGAACAAAAUUUGUGUGUGCAAAUUUUCUAAUUUGUCCUUCAUAGCCAAAAUAAAGUAAACUAUUAAUACGUUACAAAAACAUCUAAUAAAAACAAGAUAGUAACAGUCACAUUCAAAUGGGGCUUGUUCUGUAAUGUUCACAGCUCUAAAAUUGUUUUGAAGUUUUCAUUCUGACUUGGAGUGCUGGAAGCUCUUCUUCUUCAUUCAAGCGCAGAGUUUUUGUUCUUACUAUUUGGUUGUAUGUUAGGAGCAUAUACCAGCACACGUGGCUAACUCAGUCGCCUUAAAGGGGUUGUAAACCCUUGUUUAAAAAACAAACAUGUCAUACUUACCUCCACUUUGCAGUUUGUUUUGCACAGAGUGGCCCCGGUUCUCCUCUUCUGGGGUCCCUCAGCUGUGCUGGUGGCUCCUCCCCGCAUCGAGUGUUCAUGUUGGAAAAGCGCUCUUGUUGGUGGACACCUGUGUGGGCACGCUCCAGAGUCCGCAUCUGUGUCCAUUCACACAGAAUGUAGGACUCGCCACGC